AUGCCAACCAUCCUCCCACCCUGGCCACACCUUCUAUUUGGUGUUCUUGAACCUCUCUCCCUGGUUCUCGGAAGCCUCGCCCCGAUAUAUGACCUGGACAGCUUUAUCGCCGGUCAAACACCCCAAGCAGACCCUCCUUCCGCCCAUCCCAGCAGCCUCUCGUUGGCCUACCAACUUGGCAACCUAUACUCGCUCCUUUUCCUUGUCGGAGUGGCCGUGUUGCAUACCAGCACAGAGCCCAAAGUCGUGCGCAACUACCUGAUUGCUUUGGCUAUUGCUGAUGUCGGUCAUGUCUAUGCCACGUAUCUGGGGAUGGGCUGGGCUGCAUUUGCGGAUUUUGGCGCGUGGAAUGCUCUGACUUGGGGGAACAUCGGCGCGACCGCAUUUCUCUUCAUCAAUCGUUUGGCUUAUUUCAUGGGUGUCUUCGGGACUGCGAAAGCGCCGAAGGUGGCCGGGAAACGAGAAUAA